UGGUGAUGACGGGGGCUUUGUUAGUCAAGUUGGAGAAGCGUGUGCUAGCUACAUUAGCUACGUUAGGUGCUUAGUAGGCAGGCUGUCUAGCACCGAACAAACCGAGGACCUAGCUAAUGUUUCAAUAUCGUUUUCAGUUUAUGGGAUAUUUAGUUUAGCAAAAUUAAAUGAAGGAUAAGUGCAGAAUGUCAUAUGCCGAUAGCAAGUAUGAGAAGGGAAACUGCACACCGGAAGUGUCGCGCAGCGGAUCAGGAUGUUUGAAUGGAGAAAACGCUCGCGCUGCUACUCAUUCAAGUUAUUGUGAAGAGAGAAUGCAAGUGAAGUACAGCAUCAAUCUGGCAAAGUUAAGUCAACAAGAGCAUGAUCAACAUCCUGCACGUUACAGUGACGAGCUGGAGAGAAGAACCAAAGAGACCCAGAAGCUUCAGGAAGAAGUUGAACAAGCCACAAGACUCACUAUGGAAAGAAUGAGUCGGGCAUUUAGCAGCACAGAAAUGUCUGGAAGUCAUAUUUCUACAAAUCAUGAAUCAGAGGGAUCUCCAGAAUCUGCAGUUCAUGACCAACAUUCUUACAUCCAGUCCAUAAACUAUGAUGUAGAUGUGAACGGCGCAAGUUGUUUGAAUUUCCAAGGCAGAGAUGUUCUUCUGCACGCGCUAGAGGACUAUUCACAGCAAGUCUCAGACCUCCAAAAGCGGCUGAGAGAGACGUAUGAGCUGCAUGAACUGCAGAAGUUUCAUUUCCAUCAGUCCAUCAUCAAAUUAGAGAACAAACUGCAAGAAAGCCAAACUGAGAAAGACACCUUGGCAAACUUAAGACUAAAGGAAUCUCAGGAACAUGCCAAGCUAAUGGAGCAGCUACAGGCAGCUCAGCUAGAGCUGCACUUGAUUAAACAGACUGAAGGCCACAAACUGAUUGAAGCUGAGGACAAAGUGAAGACUUUAAGCAGGAAAGCAGAGAUGAUGGCGCAAAUGCUGCAAGACAUCUUCACCAGGCUUUCAGAUUAUGAGAAGCGCAGUGGAAAAAGCAGCUGUUUUUGCUAUGACACAGCCUUCAGCCCUAGCCAGCUUCCUCUAGGACCUGCAGUGGAGAAAGCCCUACGAGACCUGGAGAAUGACAAACAUGGCCUCCAGGAGAAACUGCAAAUGGUGGAGAGACGACUGAAAGACUUGAAGGAACAGGGUCAAGGAGAAAGAGAGUCUCUUCUACAGGAGCAUAAGGAAAGAAUGGAGCAGAUCAUGACUAGUCAUGAGCAGAAGGUGGCGAUGUUGACUGAGAAACUGAAUAGCUCCGAGACUAAAGCAGAUGGCCUGCAACACCAGUUGGAUGUAUUACAGCAACAGCUCCAAAGCCAAACCUUGCUGCACCAAUCAGAGAUGAGUGAUAUGGAGUCUGCUAUCUCCAUACUGCGCUCAGACCAGUUAGAGAAGCAGAAAAGCUACACGGCUAAGGAGCAGAGCAGCGGGGAGGCCAGGAGGCUACAGUCUCUGCUGGACAAACGGGAUGCAGAGCUGCCACUGAAGCAGCAAGAAGUGCAACGGGGCCGAGCUCAGCUGGAGGAGGCGCACACACAGGUGAUGGCAUUACAGACCGAGGUGGAGCUGCUGAGGCUCAGGCUGGAAGAAGGAAAAAAGAGUGGCGAGUUGCUCAGGAAGCCUCUGGUGGCCCUGCAGAAGGAGAGGAAGAGCCUGAACAAGCAGCUCGAGCAGCUCCGGCUGGACAACCAGCAGCUGAGGUCUGCCCUGCUGGAGGCAGAACUAAGGCUGAGUGCUGUGGAACAGGAAAAAAGACAGCAGCAGGCAGUUGUGUCAGAAAGAACGAGCAAUCUCCACCAGCUAACUCUGGAGAAACAGCAGGUGACUACUGAGCUGGAGAGCCAGCGCAAGAAGCUAGAUCAACUCAAAGAAAAGCAGGAGGCUUUAAGAGAAGAACACAGCAGGAAAACCGAGGCGCUGCAAUGGCAGAACAGCAAGCUAAAAGCCCAGCGUAAUAACAUCCGAAACAACUUGGAGCAGGCCAAGCGCACCCUCAAAACACUGGAGGGUGCUGAUGAACAUGGUCUAAAGGUUGCCUUGGGCAUACAGAAGCAGAUCACUGCCAAGCGAGAACAGAUUGACUUACUCCAGAGCCAUGUACAGAUGCUGGAGGAGACCACAGAAAAACUCACUCAGGAGAAGAACUAUCAGGUGAUGAAGAGCAAACGUCAAGCACAGGAGCUGCUUUUUGAGAGGGAAAGAAGAAAGAGGCUUGAAACUGAGUUGGAGGCUUACCAUACUAAGGAGAAUCUGCUGAAGAGCGAAAUUGAGCGGCUCGACACAGCUCUGCACAAGAUGUCUGACAGUUUUGCCGAGUGCCAAGACUACAUUCAGAACCAGCAACAGGAGAUCAUGAGGCUGAAACUCCAGCACACUCUAGAGCUGAAGGAGGGCCAGAACUUACGAUCCACAAAUGCUAGGACUUGUGAGCAAGGACAAGACUUACAAGCUACAAACAACAUUCACAGAUCGCCAAUCACCAGCACUACACCUCCAGCACAAGUGCCCUUUCAAGCUCACGCUGCCAGCCAGUUAAUCAUUAGUAGCCAGAAGUGUAGCCCCGUUCUGGAGCUGCGGAGCCUGGUUAAAGAGCUACGCAGUGUGAUCGAUAUGGAGCGGAGCCCUGAUACCAGCUACACCAGUUCCAGGAGUUUUGCGGAAACACACACGAGCAGGAAAUCAGUUGCGACUGAAAUGCAGUAUUUAUGCAGAGAUGAAGUGACUGAGAACGCCGAAGGUGAAAGCAGGAAGACGAGGCCAAGAACCAAUUACAAUGAGCAAGAUCCUGGCCGAGGCCCUAACUUCAUUAAACAGGACAUGAACAACGCUUUUUCAGCUAACAAUGAAGCUGGACUGAGAGCAGGUCGGUCUUGCUACACUUCAUUUUGUGUAGCAGCACUAGGGCGGAGGUCUCCAGUACACUCCCUCCUGACCUCUGACCUUCCUACCGAUAUCCAUAGCAGCCUCAAAACACAAAGCCCUGUCCUUACUCUGCAAACAUCUGCCUUUAAGCAAGCUGAAAUAACAGGGAAGACAUGCAAGAAACAGCAGAGCAUGUUAGAGAGUCUUCAAAACAAAGCAGAGGAUCAUCAGAUAAAGAAUCAAGAAAUGUCCUCGAUGAUAAAAAGCCAGGAAAGGAUGAGGAGGAAGAUCAAAGAGAGAAAAACACUCAACAAAGAUAAGCUUCUAGACCAGACAGGAGACCAAAGAAUUAAUAUCCAAAGCAAAUAAAUGUUUAGGG